GACAAAACUACCUUAUCAUUCUUCUUCACGGGCACAAAGCCACGCCCUGCACACUUCUCCGUUGACUGCUCUCGCUCUCGGUUCUCCUCCCUCGCACUGCAAGAAAGCGACUCCACCACCAUAGUCGGCAAUGGAGGACCUCAUCUAAUUCUUCCAGUCUCUAUAAAUCACACAAUAGUUGCAAAGGUUUGCUGCAAAGUCGCCGUCUUAGAGCUUUGGGUUCAGAGAUGACUGGCCGGGAAGUGCUCGCUGUCGCCGCCCACAUCGUGGGCGGGCGGUGGUUCAUGGCCUUCGCUUCGCUCCUGAUAAUGUCAGCCGCCGGCGCCACCUACAUCUUUGCCGUCUACUCCAAGGACAUCAAGACGUCCCUGGGCUACGACCAGCAGACGCUCAACACCAUCUCCUUCUUCAAGGACCUCGGCGCCAACGUCGGCAUCAUCUCCGGCCUCCUCGCCGAGGUCGCGCCGCCGUGGGCCAUCCUCGCCAUGGGCGCCGCCAUGAACUUCUUUGGCUACCUGAUGGUCUACCUCGCCAUCACCGGCCGCACCGCCCGCCCCGCUGUCUGGCAGAUGUGCCUCUACAUCUGCGUCGGCGCCAACUCCGGCACCUUCGCCAACACCGGCGCCCUCGUCACCUGCGUCAAGAACUUCCCGGAGAGCCGUGGCAUCGUGCUUGGACUCCUCAAGGGCUUCGUCGGCCUCAGCGGCGCAAUCUUCACCCAGCUCUACCUUGCCUUCUACGGCGCCGGCGAUUCCAAGUCGCUGGUGCUGCUCAUCGCAUGGCUCCCUGCAGCCAUCUCCUUCCUCUUCGUCCGCACCAUACGGAUCAUGAAGGUCGUCCGCCAGCCCAACGAAUUUAGGGUUUUCUGCUCCAUCCUCUACGUCUCACUCCUCCUCGCCAGCUACCUCAUGGUCAUCAUCAUCAUACAGAAGCAGUUCGCCUUCUCCCACGCUGGCUACAGCGUCAGCGCCGCCGUCGUCCUCCUCCUCCUCGCCCUCCCGCUCUUUGUCGCCGUUAAGGAGGAGAUCAAAAUCUACACCCAAAUCAAACAAGCCUCAACUCUCCAGAUUCCUAAUCCAAAACCAGAUUCGGAUCGACCCCUCUCUGUGGCCAUCGAUCGAGCGCCUUCCAUGCCAAACGACCUCCCCAGCCCACCGAAAACCCUGGCGGGAAGGAUCGUGGCCGCCGUGAAGCCGCCCAAAAGAGGGGAAGACUACUCAAUCCUCCAAGCGCUCCUCAGCCUCGACAUGCUCAUCAUCUUCUUCGCCACGAUCUGCGGCGUCGGAGGUACCCUUACGGCCGUCGACAACAUGGGCCAGAUCGGCGAGUCGCUCGGCUACCCUCUCCACAGCACCAGAACCUUCGUAUCGCUCAUCAGCAUCUGGAACUAUGCCGGCCGCGUCGCCGCCGGAUUCUUGUCGGAGAUCUUCCUCGACCGGUACAAGUUGCCCCGCCCGCUCCUCUUCGCGGUGGUCAUGGCCGUCUCCUGCGCCGGUCACCUGCUGAUCGCCUUCGGCGUGCCCAGGUCGCUCUACUUCGCCUCCGUGUUGAUCGGCUUCUGCUUCGGGGCGCAGAUGCCGCUGCUCUUCGCCAUCAUCUCGGAGGUCUUCGGGCUCAAGUACUUCGCGACGCUGUACAACGUCGGCGGGCUCGCGAGCCCGGUAGCGUCCUACGUGCUCAACGUGAGGUUGGUGGGUUACCUGUACGACCGGGAGGCGCGGAAGCAGAACGGCGUCGAGGCCUCGUCGUCGCCAGGGCAUCAGUCACUGACGUGCAUGGGGGUGACGUGUUUCCGGCUGUCGUUUCUCAUCAUCACGGCGGUGACGGCGGCCGGAACUCUGGCGAUGCUGGUGUUGGUGUGGAGAACCAGGCACUUUUACAAAGGAGACAUUUACGCAAAGUUUAAAGAAGGUAAAGGGUCGAAGUUGGAAGAAGAUUCCUGCCACGUGGAGGAGUUGAAGAAACAAAAGAUGGAGAAGGAAGCUGAAGAGCUGAGUGAGAUUGCUAUCAAAGAAAAUGGCAAAAGUGUGAAUUGAGACAGUGCACUAUGAUUUGUUACAUUUUCUCAACAAAUAAAUGCUUGAAUGUGCUUAUAAAACAA